CUCGAGGACAUGUUCAUAGCGAGGACAGGAAGAUGCCUCCCCCCAAACCCAAGAGGAACCCAAACACUCAGCUAAGCACCUCCUUCGAUGAGUCUUACAUUCGUAACCAUGGCAACAGGAAGUCUUCCUUGCGAUGGGACCAUACUUCGUCCCAGACUCAGAGUCCGGUGUCGAGAGACACAGAUGACGAGGAGCCCGUCUAUAUCGAGAUGGUGGGAAACAUCCUGCGGGAGCUCGGCGGUCAAGACGGCAUGGAGGACGAGCAGAGCGAGGCGGUGUACGAGGAGAUGAAGUACCCGAUGCUAGAGGACUUCCUGCAGGACACCGCCAUCGUGGACCCAGACGCCUGGGCGUCCCGCAGCUCACUCUGCGACAUCCCGGCACCAUUCCCUAACCUGCUGACUCACCGCCCGCCACUGCUUGUCUUCCCCCCCGCCCCCGCCCAAUGCUCCCCUAACUCUGACGAGUCCCCCCUCACCCCACUGGACGUCACUCGACUGCCUGUCAUGGACAAUGUGUCCUACAGCAAAUCAGGCAGCGCUGAACAUACACAGAGCUCCACCCACCACCGCAAGGACAGAGACCAGGACCGGGACCGAGACAGAGACGGGGAUCGAGACCGGGACAGGGACCGGGACCGGGACCGAGACCUUCCCCCCACUCACACCAUCACAUCCUCUGGACGCUCAUCAGCUCCGCCUCUCCCCUCCAACCUCUACAAGUCUGGCUCCACCCACAGUGGUCAUGGUUAUCCCCGCAGCCAAUCAGCAUGUCCGUCUCCAGUCAGCAUGGGGCGUUCUCUGACGCCUCUGAGCCUGAAGAGGCCGCCGCCAUACGACGCUCUGAUGGCUGGAGGAAGUAUGCCCCGCUCCUCCUCUUCCUCGUCAUCGUCUUCACACCGGGCUGGGGAGGGUGGGGCUAAACUCAGUAGCUCCUCCUCCACGCACGGCUCCAUGCAAAACGUGUCAAUGAGGUCACAGACUCCAACCAGCCCAUUAGACGAACUCAACAAUCUGUUUACCUCCAGCAGAGCGCCGAUGAAGAAAGGAGGCCGAAAGAGCAGAGGGAGCGAAGGUUAG